GCCUCCCGCAAGCGGGUAACAAGGAAGCUCUUAAGAACGCAGCCGUAAAGAAGUUGAGUUACAGACAUCCUGCCAAAAUGAUUUCUUCAACGUCCAGAUUUGGCAUACCCUAUGGCCUCAAGACUCUACUCGAAGGAAUUAGCAGAGCCACUAUCAAAAGCAACCCAUCAAACAUCAACCAGUUCGCAGUAGUUUAUUUUAAAGAACUUACUAUGUAUAGAGAAGGGAAUACUUCUCUGGAUAUAAAGGAUCUGGUUAAACAAUUUCAUCAGACUAAAGUACAGAAGUGGUCAGAAGAAUCAACACUACCGAAGAAAGUAGAAUGUUUAAAAGAACUGGAAAAAACAUCUGUAGAAUCUAAAGUACCUACACGGAUGGAAAAAUCUACAGACACAGAGGAGGACAAUGUAACCGGAACAGGAUAUAAUGACAAAACCAUCCAGUUUCCAUCAUCAACUUCUGCUGAGCUAGGUGCUGAGCAAACUGAAGCAGUUCAUGAUUCUUCUCCCAAAGCAGCUACCCCUAAGACUACCAGCCCACCCUCCUCACCGCCUCCAACAGCUGUCUCACCAGAGUUUGCCUAUGUCCCAGCUGACCCAGCUCAGUUUGCUGCUCAGAUGUUAGCAAUGGCAGCAAGUGAACCAGAACAGCCACCACCAUAUUCCAACAUGUGGACCCUUUAUUGUCUAACUGAUAAGAAUCAACAAAGUCACUCAUCACCGCCACCUGCACCUGGGCCUUUCCCCCAAGCAACCCUCUACAUAUCUAAUCCUAAGGAUCCGCAGCUUCUGCAGCAUCCACCAACAGUCACUUCAGUUUAUGUGACGGAUGACACAAAGAAGAUCAGUGCCCCACCUUUUAUCUUAGGAGGCUCAAAUGUUCAGAAAGCACAGGAAUGGGAACCUCUUCCUGGGCAUGCUGUUGUUUCGCAGUCAGAUGUCUUGAAGGGAUAUGCUGCAGCGCAAGUGCCCAUUGCUGUUCCUGCAGAUGGGAAAUUCCAGAAGCAUACUCUAAGUCCCCACAAUGCUAAUUCUCCAAGUGGACAAGAUGUCCCCAAGCCAAAAAGCCCUGUUUUUCUUUCUGCUGCUUUCCCAGUAGAAGAUGUAGCUAAAAAAAGUUCAGGAUCUGGUGACAAAUGUGCUCCCUUUGGAAGUUACGGUAUUGCUGGGGAGAUAACUGUGGCUACUGCUCACAAAGUUCACAAAGCAGAAAGUGAAAACUGAUCCAGCAAUGACGCUGUUUGAAGGGUCAACAUUCAGGGAGGAGUCUGC